CUGGACUUCUGGCAGCGACUUCACUAAGGUGGGAUGGAUAGCAGGGUCUCAGGCACAACCAGUAAUGGAGAGACAAAACCAGUGUAUCCAGUCAUGGAAAAGGCGGAGGAAGAUGGCACCCUGGAGCGGGGGCACUGGAACAACAAGAUGGAGUUUGUGCUGUCAGUGGCUGGGGAGAUCAUUGGCUUAGGCAACGUCUGGAGGUUUCCCUAUCUCUGCUACAAAAAUGGGGGAGGUGCCUUCUUCAUCCCCUACCUCAUCUUCCUCUUUACCUGUGGCAUUCCUGUCUUCCUCUUGGAGACAGCACUGGGUCAGUACACUAGCCAGGGAGGUAUCACAGCCUGGAGGAAGAUCUGUCCCAUCUUCGAGGGUAUUGGCUAUGCCUCCCAGAUGAUUGUCAUCCUCCUUAACAUCUAUUAUAUCAUUGUCCUGGCCUGGGCCCUCUUCUACCUCUUCAGCAGCUUCACCACUGACCUCCCCUGGGGAAGCUGCCACCAUGAAUGGAAUACAGAGAACUGUGUGGAGUUCCAGAAGACCAAUGGAUCCCUGAAUGUGACCACCGAGAAUGCCACCUCCCCUGUCAUCGAGUUCUGGGAGAGGCGGGUCCUGAAGAUCUCCGAUGGUAUCCAGCACCUGGGGGCCCUGCGCUGGGAGUUGGUUUUAUGUCUCUUGCUCGCAUGGGUCAUCUGCUACUUCUGCAUCUGGAAGGGAGUCAAGUCCACAGGCAAGGUGGUGUACUUCACAGCCACAUUCCCUUACCUCAUGCUGGUCGUCCUGUUAAUUCGAGGGGUGACACUGCCUGGGGCAGCCCAAGGAAUUCAGUUUUAUCUGUAUCCCAACCUCACACGUCUGUGGGAUCCCCAGGUAUGGAUGGAUGCGGGCACCCAGAUCUUCUUCUCCUUUGCCAUCUGUCUGGGCUGCCUCACAGCCCUGGGCAGCUAUAACAAGUAUCACAACAACUGCUACAGGGACUGCAUCGCCCUCUGCUUCCUCAACAGUGGCACCAGUUUUGUGGCCGGGUUUGCCAUCUUCUCCAUCCUGGGCUUCAUGUCUCAGGAGCAGGGGGUGCCUAUUUCUGAGGUUGCUGAGUCAGGCCCUGGCUUGGCCUUCAUCGCCUACCCUCGGGCUGUGGUGAUGCUGCCCUUCUCCCUCUGGGCCUGCUGUUUCUUCUUCAUGGUCGUUCUUCUGGGACUAGAUAGCCAGUUUGUGUGCGUAGAAAGCCUGGUGACGGCGCUGGUGGACAUGUACCCCCAGAUGUUCCGCAAGAAGAACCGGAGGGAGAUCCUCAUCCUUGCAGUGUCUGUCAUCUCCUUCCUUGUUGGGCUGGUCAUGCUCACAGAGGGUGGCAUGUACGUGUUUCAGCUCUUUGACUACUAUGCAGCUAGUGGCAUUUGCCUGCUGUUCGUGGCCAUCUUUGAGUCUCUCUGUGUGGCUUGGGUUUAUGGAGCCAGGCGCUUCUAUGACAACAUUGAAGAUAUGAUUGGGUACAGGCCAUGGCCUCUUAUCAAAUAUUGUUGGCUCUUUUUCACACCAGCUGUGUGCAUGGCCACCUUCCUGUUCUCCCUGAUCAAGUAUACUCCCCUGACCUACAAUAAGAAGUACACAUAUCCAUGGUGGGGUGAUGCCCUGGGCUGGCUCCUGGCUCUGUCCUCCAUGGUGUGCAUUCCUGCCUGGAGCUUCUACAAACUCAGCACCCUGAAGGGCCCCUUCAGAGAGAGAAUCCGCCAACUCGCAUGCCCAGCUGAGGACCUGCCCCAACGGAACCAAGAAGGAGCCCCUGCCCUUGCCACACACACAACAUCCCUUCUCAAACUCACAGAACUGGAGUCUCACUGCUAGGGGGCAGACUCUCAGUUGGUGCCUGUGAGCUUGGGUGUGGGGCCAACUGCAGGGGCAGAGGGCAAAUGCAGCCCCUCUAUUCUUCUCUGCUCCCCACCUGGGGCAGACAAGACAAAAGGGGAUAUUUGGGAAUCUGCCAAAAAUAUCUGGAAUAAACUUCAGAAUCUGCCUUCUGAACUGGGGGGCUUCCACUCCAACUUCCCUGCUCCAGGGGUGGUCUGAACAGAUGUGAGAUGCCAGUAUCAAGAGGACCCCUUUGAGACAGCCUGGGAAGCUGGGUGAGGGCUGGCGGGAGUGAGAGCAUGGCUGGCCUCUGGCACUCCUACCCUUCAUUCCAUUAAAUUCAU